GCUGCCCACCCGUGCGCUCCGGUUUCCCCGCAGCGCGGCCAUGGCGGGCGCGGCGCGGCGCGGGGGUAGCGCCGUGUGCCGCUCCCGGGACCCCGCCGUGUACCGCUCCCGGGACCCCGUCCGCAACUUGCGCCUACGGGUCCGUAUCCAGCGGGUCGCGCCGGCCGGGCCUCUCCUGCCGCGGGCGCCGCUGUCGCCGCUCGCCGGCCCCGAGCGCCCAGGCCGGGCCGAUCGCACCGCCAGUGCGGGAGCGGUGCCGCUGCGGGUCACCGCGGCCUCUCGCGCCGGCGCCCAGAGUCCCCCGGAGGAUGAGGAGGAGGUGGCCGAGGUGGGGUGGCAGGAGAAACUCUUCAGCCAGUUUGAGGUGGAUCUGUACCGGAGUGAGUCAGCCUGCCAGACUCCCCUGGACUGGCAGUACCAUGAGGAGAUCCAGAAGCUAGAGAAGGCUGGAGGUCGGAAGAACUGUCGCAUCUUCACCUACACUGACCACGACCGAUUCACCGACCUAGAGGAGCUCUGCCAGAAGGUAACUGACUUGGAUAAUGAAGCGCCAUCAUAUCUGGUUGAGAGGAUGGCCAAUGUGAGGAGGAGAAGACAGGACCGUAGACCUGUAGAAGCAAGUUCUCUGAAGUCAAAAAUCAUCACCUGGGAACCUUCAGAAGAAUUUAUAAAGAACAAUCAUGUAAUUAACACACCUGUCCAGACCAUGUACAUCAUGGGGGACUUGGGACCUUAUGGGAAGCUCGGUCACAAGGAGUAUGAAAAUGUGCUUUGCACAAUCAAGGUGGAUGGCAAUGGGGUGAUCACAGUGAAGCCUGACUUCACUGGCACCAAAGGAGCCUACCGGAUCGAGCUGGAUGGAGAGAAGCGAGAGGUGUGGGAAUACACUAUUGAGAAUGCAUCUGCCCAGGUGAAGCCAGAGGAGGAGGAGCGUGAGCAGCGUGUGUUCAGAGAACUGUACGGGCGGCACAGGGAUUACCUCAGUGGGCUCGUGGGCUCAGACUUUGAAAUGCCUCUUCCUGGUACUCUGAGACUUUUCAUGAAUGGAGAAAUAGUUUCAGCUCAAGGCUACGAGUAUGAUAACCUUUACGUACAUUUCUUCCUGGAGCUGCCUAACCAGUGGUCAAGCUCCCCGUUCCAGCAGCUCUCAGGAGUGACGCAGACCUGUGCCACCAAAAGAGUGGGGAGGGAGAAUGUGGCAUAUUUCUGCUACCCCUUCACUGUGGAGAUGUUUUACACCCAAGAAGAUGAAGACAGUCUCCCUCAGUGGCCUGUUCUCUACUUUGAGGUCCUAUCCCUGGAUUUCUGGCAGAGGUAUCGUGUGGAAGGAUAUGGGUCCUUGGUGCUGCCAGCAUCUCCAGGUGUCCACAUGCUCACCAUCCCCACCUGGCGUCCUGUGGAUCUGGGAACUGUUGCUGAAAUGAGGAGGUUUUUCAUUGGGGGAUCUCCUGAACUGGAGGACUUAACCUACAUCCGGAUACCAUCGACCUUCAAGGGAAAGCGCUUGAGCCGCUUUGGUUUCCGGACAAAGACCACAGGGAGUGUCACGUUCCGGCUCUAUUGCCUGCAGCAGUCCAAAGCCUUUCUGGAGAACAGUGCCCUGAGACAGCGCAUGCAGAGUGUACUGGACCGACUGGGAGGCUUCAGCCAGCAGAGCUCUGUCUACAAUGUUUUGGAGGCUUUCCAGCGGGCACGGCGCCGGAUGCAGGAAGCGCGGGAGAGCCUUCCCCAGGACCUCCUCAACACUUCUGCCUCUGCUGUGGCCCAGCCCCUGGAGCCAUGAGUGUCACCUCUGCUGCUUGGAGCACUUGGCAUCCUCCCUCCAACACAAGCUCCCACCCCUCAGCAGGAGUCCCAGUGCUGGUGCCUGGAAGCUUCAGAAGCCCUUCCUUUGUUGUUUUCCUUGGAUGGGAGAGGGAGCUUGUAACACCUCUGGGCCCAGAAUUUGCAUUUCCACAAGUACCUGUGGAAGGAGCCCUGUUUUUCAAGGCCCUUUGUUACCAAGCUCUAACAAUACAACCAAUUUUUCACAUUUCUUCUGAAAUACUGAUAUGGAACCUGUGAACCCUGUAACACCUUUUCAGGGAUUGAAAAUGAAGUAAUGAGAAAAAUUGAAAUGACUUGGUAAAUUUAGUUUUCUUCUUAGAGAAGAAGAGGUCAAGGCAUGGAUGCUGUUUGAGAUGAAUGAGUAGAUAACCUCUUGAGAAAUGCUGAUAAUUGUUGUUAGCUGUUGUGUGCAGGGCAAUCAGUAGUAAAAUUAAUCCAUCCACCUCUACCUUAAGACUGAUUCAUUCCUAGAGAAAGAGAGCUCUCUGCCACAUGUAAUAUAUGAAAUUCAAGCAAAGAAAGACAGAUGGAGAACUGCACAAAAGGGUUACAUUCUGCAUUUCCUUCUGUGUGCCCAUAAGGUCUGGCUCUGCAGUGGUGAGCAGAAGGUUUCUUUGUUCAGGAAUACAAUUGAAAACACACCUCACCUCAGAGCUUUGGCUGAGGCUGGAAGGUUUGCAGACAGUGAGAACAGUUUAUAACAUUUACACAGCAGCUGAACUUUGAACUGUUCAAGCUGUUCAUUUGAGGUUGAUGUUUGUUGGUGGUUCGUUGUUGCAUCUCUGAUUGCAGAACACUGUGGUGCUUCCUGGGAAAGCUUGUGUUUACCCACUCUUUACCCACUUUCUUCUGUUCUUUUCUCAGUUUUUUCCCCCUGUUUUUAUUUCUGUCUCAAGUUCAGGGGAACAUAGCUCCCUGCAGACUGACAGUGGCCAAGCAUUCCUGGCCAGGCACAGGCCAGGAAUUGCUGCAGAUUCUUGGGGGUCCCAGAGUGGGUCUAGCAGUGAGACUCUGGGGUCUGUACAUGGCUGGCAGCCCCCCAGCUCUGACUACACCAGCUACAGCAGUGUAGCUGGUUUCUCUGGGGCUUUAUCUGCUUAUUCUUUUCAGCAAAUUGGAGCUGGGAUGGUUUUUGAGAGCCAGCUGAACUUCCAGCUGAAUGGGCAUCUGUCCGAGACUGGAUCAAGCAGCCUCACCGGUGCUUUGGGCUUUGUGGGGGCAGGACUCAGCCCAAAGGCCCUCAGGGCCUUCCAGGGUCGAAUUAAAUGAGCUGUGCAAACAAAAGGGAAUGGCAGGAAUGAUAGCUUGGUGGAGGAAAAGGCUGUGGGCAGUUGACAGAGCCUGCAUGAUGCAAAUCAACACCCAUUAGAAAUUCCAGUGUAACAGAAAAAAACCUCCUAGAGAUGAAUCACUCACAUGAUUGGAACAGCUUCCCACCGAAGUCAGACUGCAGGAAUGGGUUUUGGUCUCAAUGGAGGAAGAUUUGGGCUGUGAUAACUCUAAACUGGAGACUUGUCAGGAAAUCUCAAAUGGCACUUCAGCUUGGCUCCAUCCCAGGACUGGGGAUGUGCACCCGGAGUUGCAUCCUUCCUUUGUGAAGGAUGCUGGGAUGUUGGGAUGUGUACCAGGAGGGUGUUUGAGAAGGACACUGGGAUGUGCACAGGGAAGAAUGUUGGGGAAGGCUGUUGGGAUGUGCACCAGGAGGGGAUUUUGGGGGAGGACACUGGAAUGUACACCAGGAGAGGUGCUUGGGAAGGACUCUGGGGUGUGAAUCAAGAGGGAUGUUUGGGAAGGAUGGUGGGAAUGUGCACCAGAACAGGUAUUUGGGAAGGAUAUUGGGAUGUGCACCAAGACAGGGGGUUUGGGAUGUGUGGAGCUGCCAUCUCUGAGCAGGAGGAGCUGCUGCAGGACCAUGUCCUACAGAGAUUUGUCCUUCCCCUGGCUGGUGUGUGGGGAGGGGAGGAGUAUUUUAUUUGCACCACAGGGUUUAAGUGGUCAUUAUUAAAUCACUACUGGAGGUUGAUUGUUGGAUCAGUAUGUUUAAAUUUUAGCCACGGGAUUGGAGUAGCAGAGGAAGGCUCCCGGCAGCAAAGGGAAGUUCUGGGCUGCUUUGCCUCUCGCCCCCUGCUGCUGUUUUAUUAAUGCUCAUUGUUCUCCCAAGGUGCAGCCCACGUUCUCUGCAGUUAAUGCCAAUAUUUUAAUGCAUGGCAGAGUAAAGCUGACCUGAGCAAAAUCCCACUUCAUUGGAUCAGUCAAGAAAUAAGUGUCCGUGUGCCCUGUUCCUGCACUGAAAUGAUUGCUUUGGUUUGAUUUAAUAUCCCUCACUGCUUUGGGUCAAGGAAGUUUUUAAGUGAACCCUAGUGCCGUGUAGGCUGGAGAUGCUUCCCUUUCUCUCUCAUCUGUCAAGAUAAUUUUCUAGGGUAACACAGAGUAUCAGAGAGGACUGACGGAAUCAGACUUCUCUAUAAUUUAUUCACAAGUUCUUGUACUUAAAAUCAUCUGACUUUCACAACAGUUGGCAGGAUUUCUACAAUGCGUGAAAGCGAAACUUGUCUUGGAGGUGUGUGAUUCCAGGUUGUUUCAGGCUUUCCAGAUCUGAGAAUGAGAGGAUCAGCUUUUGGGAAGGUGGGUUUCCCAUGACUUAAUAUGACCUUAGAAAGCCAGAAAGGUCAGGCUGAAUAUCAAGGUCUAAUGCACAAAUUUCUUCAGGCAGCAUAACAGAUGUUCAUCUGUGAAAAAUCUGAGAAAUAUUUUUCAACUUGUUCCUUACAUAAAGACAGAAAAUACAGA